CACACAUCAUCAUUGGAAUGACAGCACACGUCAGAAGCGGAUGAAGCACCGCAAAUCAAAAUAGAAAAUAUGUCAACAACAAAAACAUUGCGGGACAGCAAUCUACUGACAUUUUUUAAAUGUAUCCUGUACGUUGUCCUGUUGGUUUGCAUCCAUGCAGUGAACGGUAUUCGCGAAUAUUCGAAACAAGAUGUGCUACUGUUAAGGGAGGAAGUGAGAGAAAUGUUUUCCCAUGCUUAUGAUGGAUAUCUAAAAUAUGCAAUUAAAUUCGAUGAACUUAGACCGCUGUCGUGUGAUGGCGUCGAUACAUGGGGAAGCUAUUCGUUGACACUAAUCGACGCGUUAGAUACGUUAGCAGUAAUGGGAAAUAAUACGGAAUUUGUGAGAGUUACAAAGCUGCUAACGGAGAAGAUCAACUUUGACUCGGACAUCAACGUUUCGGUAUUUGAAACAAAUAUUCGCAUUGUUGGUGGACUGUUAUCAGCUCAUUUGAUGUCGCAUAGAGCUGGCGCGGACCUGGAACCUGGAUGGCCGUGUAAUGGGCCGCUGUUACGAAUGGCAGAGGAUGUAGCAAAACGGUUACUACCAGCAUUCGAUUCAAAAACAGGAAUGCCUUACGGAACGGUAAACCUAAAAUCGGGUGUACCACCCGGCGAGACGAGUGUAACUUGUACGGCCGGUGUUGGAACGUUUAUUGUGGAAUUUGGUGCAUUGAGUCGAUUGACCGGUGAUCCAAUUUAUGAAGAAAUUGCCUUAAACGCACUGCACACACUGUACCACCAUAAAUCGCCCAUCGGACUCUAUGGAAAUCAUAUCGACGUACAGACCGGCAGAUGGACGGCUCAAGAUGCCGGAAUCGGAGCAGGAGUUGACUCAUACUAUGAGUACUUGGUGAAGGGGGCAUUAAUGCUGAAUCGUCCUGAAUUGAUGGAAAUUUUCAAUGAAGGAAAGAUUGCAAUCGACAAGUACCUGAAACGAGAUGACUGGCAUGUUUGGGUGGGAAUGAACAAAGGGCAAGUAACGUUGCCAGUAUUCCAGUCAUUGGAAGCGUACUGGCCGGGCUUAUUAAGUAUGACCGGCGAUAUAGCUUCGGCAAUGAAAACGUUACACAACUACCAUACCGUUUGGAAGCAAUACGGUUUUCUACCCGAAUUCUAUAACAUUCCGAAUGCUGAGGCUGGUGCAAAUCGAGAAAAUUAUCCGCUGCGACCUGAAUUGAUCGAAUCUGUGAUGUAUUUGUACCGAGCGACAAAAGAUCCGUAUUUGUUGGAGGUCGGUGAAGAUAUCCUACGUAGCAUUCAACAUAGCGCAAAGACUCCAUGUGGAUACGCUACGAUCAAAAACGUUCGAGACCACCGCAAAGAAGAUCGGAUGGAAUCGUUCUUUUUGGCAGAGACCACUAAGUAUUUGUAUCUGUUGUUCGACCCCGAUAAUUUCCUGAACAACGACGGUCAAACUGGAACUAUAAUCGAAACGCCGAAUGGUGAAUGUAUCAUUGAUGCCGGUGGUUUCAUUUUUAACACCGAAGCUCAUCCGAUCGAUCCGGCGGCUUUACGUUGCUGCUACGAUAUGCCACGGCAAGAUAUUCUUGCCGAUUAUGAUCCGGCAAAGUAUCUGGGCGAUAUUUUUGAGAUCGUUAACUUUGACGAAGAUAAGCGAGAAAAAGCAAGAUCGGAAAUCGAGAACAUUACCGUAAACAUCCAUACGCAUAUCGAUCCGGAACAAACGAGAAAAAAUAUUGUCGCCGAAAUAAUGAAAGUGAUGAAGGACAAUAAGUAUAAUCGAGAUCACGGUCUGAAGAACGACAUCACCGAACUGACCACAUCAUCCAAUUUGGACGACAGUAUUAUUCUUCCCAUUAAUCGGCAAGUGGAUGAUGAAGCAAAAAGUGCAGAAAAUCAUGAAGAUGACACGAAAACCAGCAACGACAGUCAAGUAGUGAAUACAUCCGCGGCUGAAUCUUCCGAACGUACCGAUUUUCUAACGUAUGGCGAAGACAGUGGGAAAAACAUCGAGGACAUGAAAAAUUUCAAUUCUACUCAACUAAAGUCCUUCUUCAAUCAGGACAAGGUAACCGACGAUCAGGUAACAAACAAUUCCGUGCUGAGUGAAUUCGUCCAGUCCGUACUGAAGUCCACGUUGCCAAUGAAACCGAAGUUCAAUCCGCAAAAUUUGUUGGAAAAAGUUCGCGAAAAAGGAUCGUUUGAAAAUGUGACUCAAAAUUGGAAUUUGUUAACGUGUAAAGCUCAGCCCUACUUGAGCCGAAUAACAGUAAUGGGAGAAUUUUACUAGGCAAAAUUAAAAAUCAAAAUAAAUUUGUUUCGUUUACCAAA